GCAACCGAUGGGGAUAGCCGCCCGUGGAGAACGCGUGUAUUUAAUUCGCCUGUUCGGUCAUCUCUUCCACCCACAACUGUCCGCAACGCUCCGGAGAGUAUAACUCAAACCUCCUAGGGGGAAGCCGGCCGCGUUAAAACGGAGGGAAAAGGCGAUUGACAGUUUUUUUCCAGACAGGCAGCGCCGCGGACAGCCGUCUUCUUCCACGCGUCGAAUGUCGGACGAAAACAAACGGGUUUAGACGAGGAACCGGGCGGCAAAAUGUCGCCUUCGCUUCAGGGGGGCCGCGUUUCCGGCGGCGCCGGCCCCGCAGGGACGGUGUGCAUGAAAGAAGUCUGAGUUUUCAUAUAUUAACUGCGAACUUCACAAGUACUUCACAAUUAAGUUGUUCGGAGAGCUGACAGACAGAGGAAGGACCAUGAAAGAUUUUGAAGAGCUGAGAAAACUGUGCUGCAGCGAUGACGCUGAUGCGAUCGAGAUGACUGCAACAAGUAAUGGUAUAGAGAAGGACAUAAAGAAGAGCGGAAACUUUGUGGCUCCCACUGUGAAGGACAUCCUAAAACUGAAGAAGAAGAAAGAGGUGCUGUGUGAGAAUUCUUCCACUGAGAUUAAGGGCCAGAAUGGAGAAAGCACAGAGGACGUGUGUCUAGAUAUGGAAAGGAAAGGCCAGAAGAACUUUGCACUGAAACAAAAGAAAUCCGUGCUAGAACAGAAACAGGCCAAGACAUGUCUCGAUGAAGGCUGUGUCAACAAACCGGGAAAAAUCAACAAUAAGAACCCUGAAGAAAAGGUUAAACACAAGACCAAGUGUGUUGGCCGUACAGCUAAACCAAAUAAGGAGAUCCCAACACUCAGUGACAGUCAGUAUGAAAUGAUCUUCCAGUCUGUCAUAGACAAGUCUCUGGAGGAAUGCAUAGCUAGUCGUAAGAAGCAUGAAGUAGAAAGCUUUCUGGAGGACAGUGAAUUGCUGCUUGCCAGUGAGAACACUGAACCCGCCAUAAACAACGGUAGUGAGGAUUUAGACAUGCAGGGAGUUCGGAAGAUAAAGACCAAAGCAAAGGACAAGAAAGUGAAUAGAUUGUCUCGGAAAAGUAAAAGUGCCACCAACAUACAUGAGGCAAGUGAAGUGAACAAGGAGAGAAGAAAGCAUAAACGAAAAGGCCAGCCAAAGAAAAUUGUUCCCGACUACACCCGAUUUAUUGACGACGAUGAGGAAACCGCAAUAGAUAAUUAUGUUGCCUGGGCUCAGUGCGGCAGGAAGAUGUGUGGGAAGUGGAGACGGCUGAAAGACAAUGUGGAUCCAGCCACCCUGGCAAAGGACUGGACUUGUAGUCAGAACCCAGACCCGCUGUACAACUCGUGUGACCUGCCUGAAGAAGCCUGGGACGGGAAAGAUAACGACAUUAUUUACGCUGAGCUGGUUCCUGGUUCCAUAGUGUGGGCCAAGCAGUCUGGAUAUCCGUGGUGGCCAGCGAUGGUGGAACAUGACCCUCAGAGUGGGAAAUACUUCAUGUUUACAAGCGACUCCGAUCAGUGUCCGUCAAAAUAUCACGUCACAUUUUUCGACAACAUCGUGACCCAUGCAUGGAUUUCAGUAUCACUGAUAAAGAGUUUCCAAGAAAAUCCACGGGAUAAAAGCAUAUCGAAACGUGAUUUUGCAAAGAGAAUAAAUGCUGGAAGGAAGAUGGCUGAAGCAGCUCAGAAAGUGAAAAUACAGGAUCGCCUCCCUCUGUUUGGAUUUGCUGUCAGAUACAAGGCAAACGGAGAUGCGGAACUUUCCGAAGAUUAUUCCAGCCAAGAGUCGCUAGAAAUUUCUUGGAACGUCAAGGAGACACAAAGAUCCACAUCCAGGGAGGUUGAAGAAGAUCGGAAUAAGGAUAGUGUAUUCAAGGCGUCUAUUGUGGCCGAAACUCAGCAGGAGAAGGCGAGAAAAGAGAAAGGGAAGUACUGAAUUGUAUAUGUGUUGAAACAUCUAGAUGAAGAGCCAAGCCACUGGUGCGGGGUGUGGAUAAGGGUCAAGAACGUUGGGAUAGUCCCAGCCUCAACUACCUCCUCCGGCAGUUCGUUCCAUACACCCACCACCACUUUUUGAGGAGGCUUAGGAAAGUUCACCUGUCCCCCCCAGAUCCUGUCCAACAUCUACCGCUGCACCAUCGGGAGCAACCUGACCACCUGCUUCACGGUAUGAUACAGCAGCUGCACCGCAGCGGACAGGAAGGUGGUGAAAACCGCUCAGCACAUCAUCGCUGUCCCGCUCCCUGCCAUGGAUGCCCUCCACCGCACACAGUGUCUGAGACGGGCUGGGAAAAUCAUCAAGGACCCCUCUCACCCCAACCAUGGACUGUUUGCCCUCCUCCCAUCAGGGAGGCGGUAGUUCUCGCACAAGCAGGCUGAGGAACAGCUUCUUCCAAAACACCAUUCCCCAGCCCCGAUGCUAGCUAUCUAUACUCUCCUAUCUGUAUAUAUUUAUGUGCCUAUGUACCAGUUUAAUUCAUCCACAUUGCACAUAUUAUUUAACCAGUAUUUUUAUUUUACUAUCUUGCACUCUGACCAAACGCUAAACUGCAUUUCGUUCAGAUUCAGAUUCAGAUUCAGAUUUAAUUUUAAUUGUCAUUGUCAGUGUACAGUACAGAGACAACGAAAUGCAUUUAGCAUCUCCCUGGAAGAGCGACAUAGCAAAUGAUUUGAAUAAAUAAUAAUAAGUGUCGGGGGGGGGGGGGGGGGGGGUGGUGAUUGGCAGUCACCGAGGUACGUUGUUGAGUAGAGUGACAGCCGCCGGGAAGAAGCUGUUCCUCGACCUGCUGGUUCGGCAACGGAGAGACCUGUAGCGCCUCCCGGAUGGUAGGAGGGUAAACAGUCCAUGGUUGGGGUGAGAGCAGUCCUUGGCGAUGCUGAGCGCCCUCCGCAGCCAGUGCUUGCUUUGGACAGACUCAAUGGAGGGGAGCGAUCGAGGAACCGGUGAUGCGUUGGGCAAUUUUCACCACCCUCUGCAAUGCCUUCCGGUCGGAGACAGAGCAGUUGCCGUACCAUACUGUGAUGCAGUUGGUAAGGAUGCUCUCGAUGGUGCAGCGGUAGAAGUUCACCAGGAUCUGAGGAGACAGAUGGACCUUCUUCAGUCUCCUCAGGAAGAAGAGACGCUGAUGAGCCUUCUUGAUCAGAGUAGAGGUAUUGUGGGUCCAAGAGAGGUCAUCGGAGAUGUUGACUCCCAGGAUCCUGAAGCUAGAAACACGUUCCACCUCCGUCCCGUUAUUGUGGAUGGGGGUGUGCGUGCCGCCUCUGGACUUCCUGAAGCCUACAAUGGGCUCCUUGUACCUGUCCUCGUAUUUGUGCAAUGACAAGAAAGUUGAAUCAAACCCUCUGUGUGUGUGUGGGAAAAAGUGACCCCUCAGAUGCGUUACUAUUUUGGCAUAUCAUGUCAUCGGCAGGUUUUUGAGUAUCCAACUAAUGACCACGUUGCCUUCAAAUGUAGAUGUGGACCAAGUUGACGUUGAGCCGAAAAAGCGCAGGAAACAAGAAUCUCCGGUGACGAAGGAAACUCUGGAUCGGCCCAAAGGAUUUAGAGACCCGACACUGAAAAACGACAGCACCAGGAAAGAUCGUGGGGAGACUGCAAACUCUUCUGGGAUUAAGAAGCCAGCAGGGGGUCUCUUCCAAGCAAAGCCGAAAGCGGUCAAAGUCUCAGCCCACGGCCGAGGCAAGCGCGGCCCUUGCCGAAACCCAGCCCACCACACCACGGAGCCGAGGACCGCCGCGGACCAGAGUGAGGAGGAACAUUCAACAGAGCAGGAAGACCCGACCGAAGACUCCAUCUUCAUAACCCAGAAGACCGAGGAUUUUCCCGAAUUGUUUCGGGAGGGGGCGGGGAAAAAGUUAGAGGACGAUGUGUUCUCAGAUGACGACAUGGAUAUUUUAACGUCCAAGAAGGCGGAACAAGAUGAAGAGUUUUCCGAGUUCAUGUUUGAGGAGUGAACGUGUGUUCUCUAUUGGGUGUUUUGUAGAAUUUCACCGUAUUUUCAAGUUAACCUCCCAAUUGUAGACGGCAGAGUUAUCGCACACGAGCCGUGUGUAGCCGCUGUUUUUGUUAGAAAGGCUGAGCAGAGUAGGCAUGUUGUGGAGUUAACACUUGCUUAGGCCGGAGUCCGUUGGUUUCUUCCCGUAAUGUUAUGCCACGUGUUGAGAAAGCUAUCCAGAAGUUUGUUGUCGGAUUGCAGCAUGUUCAGACUGCGAGCCGUAUAUUUCUUGAGGGAACCGUUUAUGUUUGGAUUGCAAUCCACUGGUUUACUGCAAGGCCCCCACCACACCUUCAACCGGUUUCCCAAAGUUUCACCGUAAGAUCACCACCAAGUUUGGGUUGCCGUCUACUUGUUUGUGGCAGAGGCUCCCAAUCUCAGAUCCGCGACCACUGAGAUUUAUUCCGUCAAGAAUACGACCGUGAAUAUGGGUGCCGCUGUGGCGGAGCUGCUGCCUCACGGCGCCAGAGACCCAGGUUCGAUCAGGAGUUUGAACCUUCUCCCCGUGACCUGUGUUUGGGUUUUCUCCGAGAUCUUCCCUUUCCUCCCACACUCCAAAGACGUACAGGUUGGUCGGUUAAUUGGCUCGGUGUGAAUGCAAAAUUGUCCCUAGUGUGUGUGUGUGUGUGUGUG